AUGGCUGCCAACCUCUUCCUGCCCUCUGCCGAUCCUACCAACUUCGCUGAGUUCGGUCUGCCCUGCGAUCCCGAUAACACGAAGUCCAUGAUGGACGAGAAGGAUAUGACAGACCAGCAGAAGUUCGUCCUCUCCCAAGUGCGCGACUGGAUGGCCUUGCACCGCGCCCUCCUCCGUGGCGAGGGAUUCUACGAGUGGAUGUCCAAGCCUGCUCCUCGGCCGAUCGAAGAGGCUCUAGAGGCUAUGACAAUUGAGGACGCUGCGCCAACUCUGCGUUCGCUACCGGUCGUCAACUUCUUGGAGGAUGCCGAUGAGGCUUAUGCCAACGCCAUCGUCGACGAGGCACUUCCCCAAGAUCGAGAUCGUUUCCGCUAUUAUCUCGAGAACCGCCCUCUUGGUCUUGGCAUCAUCACCGCCGGCCCAGGUUUUGGCAAGACCACCGCUGGAGCUGCUGCUAUCCUUGCAAUGCAGUCGCAGUACGGCCGAGUCUUCUGCUCAGCGCCCACGAACGUCGCUGUCAACAACGUCGCUGUCCGAAUCGACCUACGAAGUCGUGCAGUUACCGAGCGAUGCAAUGUAGGCAAGCAGGUCGGCGGCCCAACUGAGCGCGUCCGUCGUCGGCUGGUUGUUCGUUGCUACAAGGACAAGCACGAGGAGGAAGCCUUCCGUUCCAUUCUGGAGGAUACCUCGCUGGGUGAUGGUGCAGCUCCCGUCCUAAAAGGACGCCGUCUGUCUCCUUGGAGACUACAGCAGUCGAGCACCUACUGGCUCCUUAUCCUGCUUCGUUCGCCUGCGGUCAGGCCCCUCCAUCAAGACGAUGCCGCAAUCCUGCAUCGCUGGCAGCAGGCUAUCGACAAGGACGACGGCCUCUUUGCUCUCCGGGCUGUCGCAACAAGAGAGAUGUCCUGGAAGGACUUCUUAAGGAGCAAGGAAUUUAGCGACUGUAUGGAGUCGGCCAACGGCUAUCUCAAGGACUUCCCACGUGUUGCCGAUAUCCUCUGUGCAACGCCUGCCGCCUCGGAGAACGAUAAGCGUGUCCACGGGUUCAAGCUGAGGGCAGGCGCUGUUGCGGUCGACGAAGCAGCCAAUAUGACGAGAGCCGACCUCCUCUGUGUCUGGGGCAAUACCCUGUCGCCUUGUUUCGUAUUUGGCGACCCUAAGCAACUCCCGCCCGCGGUCAUAAUGCUGAACGAUACCUGGCCCAAGAAGGACAAGAACAGCCCGCCGGAGUUUAUCAACCGGUUUGGCCUUGAUGGCAAGAUCUCGGCUCUUGAGUACCUCCAAGGUUCCGGUAUACCAACAUACCGGCUCAAGAUGCAGCUUCGCAUGGCCCAGGGCAUGUUUGACACCGUCUCAAGUGUCAUUUAUCCUGAUGUCCCGUUCGUGUACGACGAGUCGCGGAGCAUCACCUUCUCCGAGUUCAAGAUCGGUCAUGAUCUUGAGUCUUUUACGCGGGCCCGGUACCCAGACCUCGCCGCUUCAGCAUCGGGCACCCUAACGCCCAUCUUCAUCCAUUGCGAAGGCGCAAGGGUCAUCAGGGACAUGACGUCCGGGGCCAAGUGGAGCUUUGGUCAGGUCGAAGUUGCCCUGGACUUCAUCCUGGAUUUGGUCGUCGACAAGAAGAUCGAUCCCGCCCGCAUCUCGGUAAUCGCCCCAUACCCGGCCAACGUUAACCUCAUCAACGGGGUACGAAGACGGUCUAAGUAUGCGACUGCUUUGGAAAAGCUGCCUAGGGCUGCAACCAUCGACUCGUCCCAGGGCCAAGAGAACGACCUCGUUGUUGCAGUUGUUGGUACAGACGAAGCCUCGGGUCCUGGCUUCACGGCUGACCCGCAACGACUCAAUGUCAUGCUCACCCGAGCAAAGAGUGGGCUCGUUCUGGUCGGUAACAUCCAUGUUGCCGAUGCUGUUCCCAAGGUCGUUGAGAAGAAGGGCAAGAAGGGCAAGGAGAAGGAGCCUACCUUCGAGGUCAUCACCAUUGGUGGUGCCAAGGCCAUCAUCAAGGCCCCUGAGCUGCGCAAGUUCUACAAAGGACUUCAUGAUAGCGGCCGGGUUGCUCGCGUCGUCGUUAAGAACAAGAUCAAGGACAGGGGCAAGGGCAAGGAGGAAGAGGUCAAGGAGGAAGAGAUCAAGGCGACAGAGGCCUCAGAGGAGGCGCUUCCCGUGGAGGAAGAAUAG